AUGCCGGAGAGAACGGAUAAACGUGAUAUGAUUGCGCUUGCGGCCUCGCUAUCCGGCAUCAGGUUUCAGUGGGAGGAUGGGGUCGAUGCGUCUAAGGUUCCCGAGAAGGCGAUACCGGAAAGUUGGAACAGGGAGGAGUCGAAUGGAACAUAUGGGUGCUGGAGAGUGCAUAUGAACAUCGCGCAAAGAAUCGCAGCAGAGCAGAUCGCCUCAGCUCUAGUGCUAGAAGACGACGCUGACUGGGACGUCAACAUCAAGAACCAGUUGGUUGAAUUCGCCCGCGGCACGCGAUACAUCCUCGAUCAGGAGAGGCAGGCCACACACUCUCCCUACGGCGAUGGAUGGGACAUACUCUGGGUGGGACACUGCGGGGCGCGCAACAUAGAGGAUGUCGACCAGCGGUACUGGGUUAUCCGUGACGAUCCAACGGCUGUGCCACAAUCUCUGUGGGGAUAUCCUCGCCGCCAGCCGAACUUGACGCCACCGCAGCUGAAUGGGACGUUUAAUCGCGUUAUAUAUGGACCACGUCGCGGGCUCUGCACCUGGGGCUAUGCGAUCUCGCUGCAAGGGGCGAGGAGACUACUGGAAGAUCAAGAGCUUGAGCAAGCGCUCCCGUCCGACCGCGCACUGAACAGGUUGUGCUACGUCGGCGGUGGGUGCCUCGCUCCAUAUCCGCCUCUCAUCGGGACGCAUAGAGCCGCCGGCUCCUCGGACAGGGACUCUGAUAGAGGCGAUGCGGGCGGCAAGUAUCGCAAAGUCGGGGAGACUGGGCAGAUUGUGUUUAGCACGAAGCUGAACCUCAAGCAGCUGAUUCCGAUCGGGGAGGAUACGGUGGUGAAGAGCCAGUGGCCGGAUAAGACGUUGCUAAAGGAGAUAAAGGGUACAUUAGAGAUACCCAGAGGUGAGGGUGUUUACGUGAGGAAGGAUGAGUAUAAAGACUUUCCUAGGCCGAGUUAA